AACGCCAUGUUGGAAGAAAUUGUACUGAAAAUCGUCAGAGAGGAAGAGGAUCAACUCGGCGGAACGUCUGUUUCCCUCCAUACGUUUUUUUCACCCACAAAGCAAGGCGUUUUUGUAUGUAGGUCGAUAAGUGUCGAAUUUGGUCAACAAACACAUGGUUAUUUGCUACGUGAGGUUUAUUGUAUCGAAUAUAAGUUUUGUAAUGCUUAAGUUGUUACGAGUAUACUGAUAUAAGUAGGACACGUGACAUUCCGGCAAUUUUAGGGGAAAAAACACUGUAUUCGGAGUUGUCUAGAAUGCAUAUUUAUGAAAUGAUGCUUGUAGCAUUCUCUAUUGAAUAGAGGCGAUUGACGUCAGCAACCCUCAUCGAAUAUUUAAAAACAGAUUACAAUAAUGAGAUGAUCCACCAAUCCAAGGAAAGGAUAGGCGGGAGCUGCACAUCCCGCGGCACGGUUUUGUGGACAACGAUUUCCAUUGUUAGGGCGGAGAGACGUGUAUCUUGUUAGAAUAUCCAUAAUCUUUGGAAGCGCUGAUACAAAGCCGUGAUUUGUUAUCCAACGUUUAUUGUAAUAUUCAAAUGAUUUCCCUAUGUUAUUUUAAAGUAUCAAAGAAACAUUUAGGAUAAACGAAGAAGUACGGUUGAUCAGUACAGUUCCAGCGCAAAUGCAAGAACGGAAUAUCCCGGCCGUGUAUGCAGGAACCCUCAAUCCUCGCCCUCGAAGCAGUGUGACAAUCAUUUAAUUUUGUAUUGGGAUGCCUUGGUGGACUUCAACUUGGGCAAUUGGACUGGAGGGGACACCCUCUCAUAGCUUAAUCUUUUUGAUGUGUUGCUCCAUACAGUAAGAAACAACAUUUUAUAGUUGGGACAAAGUAUUUAUUCCCUAUAGAACGAUACGGAGCGGCAUACACUAGUGGUUCUCAGGAUGUCUAUCACCAACACGCCUUCGAGUAAUGACGCUUGCCUGAGCAUUGUACACAGCUUGAUGUGUCACAGGCAAGGGGGAGAGAGCGAGACAUUUGCCAAGCGGGCAAUAGAAAGUCUGGUGAAAAAGCUGAAGGAGAAGAAGGAUGAACUGGACUCCCUAAUCACAGCCAUCACCACCAAUGGAGCUCAUCCCAGCAAGUGUGUCACCAUUGGGCGGACUCUGGAUGGUCGUUUGCAGGUGGCAGGCCGGAAAGGGUUUCCCCACGUGAUCUACACUCGGUUGUGGAGAUGGCCUGAUCUGCAUAAAAAUGAACUGAAGCAUGUGAAAUAUUGCCAGUUUGCAUUUGACCUGAAGUGUGACAGCGUUUGCGUGAACCCAUACCACUACGACCGGGUGGUGUCUCCAGGUAUUGAUCUAUCAAGUUUGCAACUUACCAGCUCAGCUCCAAGCCUGGGACUGAUGGUUAAAGAUGAAUACGACUUUGAUGGCCAGGCAACACUGCCCACCAUGGACGGGGGUCACCUCCAGACCAUUCAGCACCCUCCCUCUAGCCGAGGUGGGCCCCCCUCGGAGCCUUUCGGCACCCCUGGCCUGCUGUCCCCCUCUGACGCCAGCACCGCUUCCACCUCCGCCUUCCCCAGCAUCUCUGUCGGAUCAGGAAAUGCCACCUCCACCUGGACUAGAAAUAGCAGCUUCACGCCCAACAUGCCUCACCAUCAGAAUGGGCACCUGCAACACCACCCACCCAUGCCUCCUCCAGGACAUUACUGGCCCGUGCACAACGAGCUUGGCUUCCAGCCACCCAUAUCCAACCAUCCAGCGCCUGACUACUGGUGUUCCAUCGCCUACUUUGAGAUGGACGUGCAGGUGGGCGAGACCUUCAAGGUGCCCUCCACUGGCCCCGUCGUGACGGUGGAUGGGUAUGUGGACCCGUCUGGCGGAGACCGCUUCUGCCUAGGCCAGCUGAGCAACGUGCACCGGACCGAGGCCAUCGAAAGAGCCAGGCUCCACAUCGGUAAGGGGAUCCAGUUGGAGGGUAAAGGUGAAGGGGACGUGUGGGUACGCUGCCUCAGCGACCACGCCGUGUUCGUGCAGAGCUAUUACCUGGACCGGGAAGCCGGCCGCGCCCCCGGCGACGCCGUGCACAAGAUCUACCCCAGCGCCUACAUCAAGGUGUUUGACCUGCGUCAGUGCCACAGGCAGAUGCAGCAGCAGGCAGCGACAGCCCAGGCGGCAGCCGCGGCUCAGGCAGCCGCCGUGGCUGGGAACAUCCCUGGGCCGGGCUCUGUGGGAGGCAUCGCUCCCGCCAUCAGCCUUUCAGCCGCUGCCGGCAUCGGAGUGGACGACCUGAGGAGACUGUGCAUCCUGCGCAUGAGCUUCGUCAAGGGCUGGGGUCCCGACUACCCCCGGACGAGCAUCAAGGAGACCCCCUGCUGGAUUGAGAUCCACCUACAUCGGGCCCUCCAGCUACUGGAUGAGGUGCUGCACACCAUGCCAAUCGGUGACCCAGCCCCUGGACUGAACCACCAGCCUGACCCCUCCACUGUGACACUUCAGUAUGACAGACCUUGGAAUGAGGUGGUAGGUAGAACAGGAAAGACACCCUGGUUUACCGCUUCAAGGAAGCAAAGACUUGUUUCUCUCUAUGGGUCAUUCCUCUUUCUCUUCAUAGUGUCCAGUGUGUCCAGAUCAGGACAUAGGGGCUCUGAUGACGGAACGGGCCACUCUCAUCAAUCGCCCUGGUGACCUCAGAUUGGUCACUUUUACCAGUGAUUCCAUCUGGUUAACCUUGUAUGGUUAUCCACAGCAUAGUACUACUAUGGUAAACUAUACCCGGUUUCUUGCUCUACGUGAGAAGAGCAGGUAAAGGUCUCUGCCAUGUCGUUUAGACAGAAACAAGCAUUUUAAGGCAAUUUCCAGCAAUACCAUAAUACAUUUUUGGGGGGUUCUUUUUGUGGAUUUUAUGAAAGGAUUUAUUUUGUCCCUUUGUUUUUCUUCCUUAUCCCCUUGGCUAUUGUAUUGUCCUGUACUAUGGGAGAUAAGUGGAUAUAUUGACUAUUUCAGACCAGAUGGCAGGUCACUAAGACCCUUUCAAUUACGUUCACUAUGUAAGGGAAGACAAACUUCUGUAGGGUCUUAUUUCUGUUGAAUUAAUUUCUCCCUUAUCUCAUGUACAUAAAUUUAACUGUAGUUUUUGUUUUUAAAUGCAUGUGAAUGUUUGCAUGAAUGGUGAGAAGUGAUGACCACAACGCCACAGGUUUUUGUGAUGUCUUGAUCUCAGGACAGCCUCGAUAAGGAGGAAUCAAGUAUGCUAUAGACCCCAUCACAGUGUUGGGCUUCGAUUUAAGAUCACAUAAAUCAUCAGGGUGAGGCUUCCCUCUGCCACAAUGUUGGAGGCUCUUUUCUGUUGUGGUUCUGCACUAACUGGGUUCAUGUGCUGUGAACAAAACCCCCUCAUCUUGUUUCACCUCCCAUGAUCCCUCACUGCAUGUCACUUUCCUACCAUUUCUGGUUUUGCCUGUUGAGUAUUUUAUAUUGCUGCACACACACAAUCCCCUUGAUGCAAUUUGUUAUAGCUAUGAUACGGAACUGCCAUUUCUAUUUCAUAUCUAGUUGCAUCUCCUAAUAACAUGUAAUACGUUAGCUAUUGAUUUAGUUAAAAUCAGAUUCUGCUGAAAUGUAGCUUGCAGCAUCCCUAGAGAUGAAAGUGAAUUAGGAUACACUUCUACUGAUGUUUCUCAGCUUUGCUGUUCAGCGAAGUUAUUCAGGAGAAUAAUUAAUAAGGAAACCUUCUAAAUCUGCAUUCUCAAAUGUUCAAGUAUCCAUUUCAGAGAUUUAUGGGUUACUGUCUUGGAUGUUUUGUUGUGAUACAUUGUCUUGUUGCUUUUCCCUCCCUAAAUGUUUUAUUUUGCUUUUGGGAUGGAAGUGUGCUCAAGGUGUGGGUUUCACGUUUUUAAGGAAUUAAUUUUGGACACGUACUUUAGAUGUAUCCAACUGCUUGGAUAUAAACAACCUUAAUUGGUUUAUGAACAGUGAUAGUUUAAUUGUUUUUUGACGAUGCCCAAUAUCUUACGUUGCAUUCUUAGGUCAAUACACAUUUUUGUAUGAGUUGCAAUUUUAUCGUAGGAUCCUGGAGAAACAAGCUAAAUGAGCUGCUGGUAAUUGGACAAAUAGUAGUUACAUAUUUCUUUUGUGAACCUAUUAAAAAUGGCGGAUACUCUA